AUGACUCUCGAUCUCAAAAACUCUUUUUCACUAGAUGCUGUCCUUUUCCAGGAAAAUGAAAAUGCUUUCCUUGCUGUUCAAAUGUUGAGCGGAGACAUGGUGCCUCACCCUCAGCCAAGUACCUUCUAUGUCUUGUACAGGGAAAACCUUUGUUCAAUCGUUUCGAGCAUGGAUGCUUUGCCAUUCUACUUCAUUUGUUGUGAAUUGAGAUCUGUGUAUACAGAUAGUGUUGAGUAUAAUACAUCAUUACUAUCGGUGCUGAGUUCAAUGAGUAUGACAGAGAACCAGCUAAAUACUUCAAGCAAUAUAAAGGAAUCAAACCCAGGACAGGGGCACCAUAGUCUUGUGAUAUCAGCUAUGAACGAUUUCUUGGGCCUGAGGGCUUAUGAUAAAGCUGCAAUCAAGUGUAAUGGCAAGGAGGCUGUCAUCAACUUCUAUCCCAACAUCUAUGAAGAUGAGCUCAAAUCUACUAGUAAUUAUAGUACUGAUGCUGCACCGGACCAUAACUUAGAUUUGAGCUUGGGUAGUUCGACCUCAAAACACAAAAACAGCCGAGAAUUGGGAAAUGAAAUCCAAAAUGUUGAUCAGUUGGAUCAGCAUCGUACUACCAUACCAUUUGAAGCAGAUUGGCACAACUGGGCAUUUAGGCCACAGCUCAAUAUUCAACAAGAACCAUAUAGAAUUAAUUCCUAUAGAAGAGAAGGGUACAAUGAGACCGAGACAGUGCAACUUCUGAGCCAAACCCACAUUCAAUCUCCGAGUUCACUGAGACCCGGGCAAUUCGUCGAGGAGAGUGAAAACUCAAUGCUUCACAUGUUUUCACCCUCAUCAAACUAUCAAGUUCAGUAUCCUAGCAACAGCAGCAAUGGAAGUCAAAUUGGAGCCACCACCGGAGGCAAGCACCUCUCCCUGUCAAUGAGCAACAAUCAGCAAAGGCUGUUCAUCAAUGCUUUGCAAUUGUUUGCAGCUGCUGCAGCAUCAUCAGGAUUCUCACAACAGAUAACUACCCGACCCCAAAAUUGGCUACACCAGAAAAAUGGGUUUUACUCUCUGAUGAGACCCCCUUAACCGAACUUUUUGUUUUUUGCUUUUUAAAUCGUUAUGUAACAAGGCCUUCCGAGUUUGUAAGCAUGUAAAGAUUAACGCUUUGAGCUUAAAUUUCUUCUUUUCCAGUC